CUAGUAUGGUCCGCCGGUAUGGGAAAGACAUUCAACCCAUCCCGCAAUAUGUUUAGAUACAAAUGGCCUCGUCGCAAGGCACCUAGCUAUAAGGAGGAGAACGAGGACAGCGUUCGAGAAAGUAUCAGGGCCAGUGAUUUGCUGCAAUGAUUGUCGCGAACUCACAACUUAUAAGCAUAGUUGUGAUCCGGCUUACAAAACGUGUGGUAAAUAUUUCUCUCCAGAAACUGGAUGCCCUGAUCUCUGCAGUAUUAUUCCUUGUUGUGGAUGCUGCGGUCAAAGUAUACUCAUAUAUCCUUUACCUUCCGCUAAGACUACGGGCUCUACUGGUCCCAAUGGGCUGCCAAUCGUAGAAACAUAAAUUCCUAUCCCAUAUAUAGUGUAUCUAUGUACUGAUAAGGCCAUUGGCUUCUG